AUGGAUAAUCAUAUAGUGAAGACGCUGUCUUCACCAGGAAAAGAGAAAAGGAAGAACCAGAUGCCUCGAUCCACGGAAGAUCACUCGUACAUUCCUUCAUGGAAAAGAUUAGUUAUUGUUCAACUUUUCCUCGGUUAUGUAUUUGUUAUAACUGGCCUAUUUGUUAAUCUACUUCAACUUCUAACAGCAUGUUUCGUCUGGCCAUUCAAUCGUGCAUUGUAUCGAAAAAUAAACUAUCAUUUAGCAACUGUUAUCUGGAGUCAAUUAACAUUCGUCUAUCAAUGGUGGUCAAAUUCUGACAUUGACGUUUAUAUUAAACCGGAAGAUUUAGCAAAACUCCGUCAAGAAAAUUCAAUUUGGUUAGGAAAUCAUCGUUACGAAGUCGAUUGGUUACUUGGAUGGGUAAUUACUCAAAGACUUGGAUUAGCUGGAGGUUCCAAAAUUCUAGGCAAAAAGUCGCUUCGUGCUCUACCAAUCAUUGGCUGGUGUUGGUAUUUCACCGAAUCGAUCUUCUUACGACGCGAAUGGAACUCCGAUAAAUCUGUGCUCGAACGUGAUAUGCAACGGCUUGUUAAUGAUUUUCCAUCAAAUUACAAUUUCACUUUAUUUCUCUCGUGCGAAGGAACUCGGUAUACCAAUGAAAAACGUCUGGAGAGUAUGAAAGUAGCGCGUGAAAAAGGACUGCCCGAGUUGCAACAUCAUAUUCUGCCACGUACGAAAGGCUUCGCUCUGCUGAUGAAAGGCUUGCACAAAAAUAUCACGGCAGUUUAUGAUAUAACUGUCGCUUUUCAAACUCCAAAAUCGCCAGAAUUGUCGAAUAUGUUAGUUGGUGAACGUUGUCAAGCUGAAUCUUUCAUCCGUCGUAUACCUAUUUCUGAAAUUCCACAUGAUGAUGAGAAGAAAUCAGCCGAAUUUAUUCACAAACUCUUUCAAGAAAAAGAUAAAACGUUUGAGUACUUUGUUCAACAUGGUACAUUCGCUGGUGCCGGUAAUCCUAAAGCAACGAAUUUGCCACGUCGGAAACAAGACUUGAUUAUCGAACUUCUUUGUUUGAUCUUUAUCGGUUUACCUUCGACUUAUUUUCUGGCGAAAUUUCUCAUUUCUGCAACGAUUCUCUUGCAACUCAGUUUUCUUCUCAUUGUGAUUGCAGGUGUGAUUGGUGUUCGUUUGAUGCUGAAAACAGCAUCUCGGCCCAAACUCCCGUCGAAUUCCAACAAACAGGAUUGA